CCCUAGACCUUUCUUCUCGAAAAAGAACUUCCAUUGGAUGCCUAGAUUCUUUUGGAAUAUAUAUGAAUGGACCCCAGCGGCCCAUUUUCUGGAGAAAACUUAAACCUCUCGCCAGUCAAAACACCGACCUCCAUCAUGGCAUCAGCAGCUGGUAAUCCACCUCCCACCCGGGAUCCCACACUUCAAGAGCUUCAGGCUGCGGCUUCAGAGGUGGUCGAGAUCUUGAAGACUGUACCAGGCAUUGCAGGAUGCAGAAUUGCUGUCAAUGGUGGUUUGGCACUGUGGAGCAACUUACCUCAAGGUCGAAAUACUAAGGAUGUUGAUUUCGUCAUCAGCCUUGACACGGCCCCGUAUGCUGUCAAGAAGACACUUCUCAGUCUACACCCAGCUCGAUUUGAACAAGAGGCACAUGUAUUCUACUACCAACUGCCCAAUGCUCCACUGAUACAAGUUGAUAUGUGUCCUAGCUGGAUGUUGCGAUAUCCCCCUGUAUUCUUCCCGAUCAUCAACCAAAUCCCGGCUGGCGUAGUAUCGUAUAUCUCUCCCACCGAGCUGUUGACAUACAAAAUCUACUCAUGCGGUUUGCGGGCCGACAAUGCCAAGCGCGGUGUCGAUGCAGUUGACGCUCUGACUCUCUCCCAGUGCAUCACUCCGGCCAGAAUGCCUAUCUGGUGAACGGUGCAGAGACAGGCAAUGCUACUGGGACUGAGUGCUGCUGUCUCAGUUACAAACUCGCAACGUGUUGUGGCGUGGUGGAGGGGCCAGCUUGGCAUAUGAUGGAAUAGUGGGUUCGAGGAAAUCAUCUCUUGAAAGCUUGGAACCUUGGAACCGAGAGGGUUUGAUUUUCACAGUUCUCCCGUCACUUGUACUUAGAUGAGAUUAGAUGAGGUUUCCCUAGACUGGCUUGUUGGAAUAUGAGGUCACUGUUCAAUCAGAACAAUACAAUGACACUUCAUUGCACUCGUGACUUGAAAGCUGUAAAUGAGCUUAUGAUUGUACUGUGAAAACGAUGAAAGAUCAGUAGAACCGUCUGUAAGAUUCUUUGAUCAGCAGACAACUUCUG